CUGAUCCGCGGGGUCUCUGUGCGCUCAGACGCGCUUGGCGUUCAGACUCAUAAGGACCCCGAUGGCCCCCAACCAGAGGGACUGCGUUAACCAGACGACCAUCCCCGGCUCCAAGCUCCCCUAGCGAAGGCAGGACCCUGCGAUCCUGCUCCCGGAAUACCGCAUUGUUUUAUAAUUUCCAUCGACAGAGAGAGAGAGAGAGAGAGAGAAAGGUGAUGAUGCUGAUGAUGCGCCCGCGAUGGUGGAUUUCCCUUUUGUGCGUCUAUGGAUUGAUGCACGUCGGUCACCCGAGCAGUCCUAAUUUCCGGAAUGGAGACGCCUUGUCGAGCUUGAAGGCUCUUCGUGAUGCGGGAAGGUUCGUCGGGAAGGAGGACACGGUGCCUGUCCGCCUGCUCUACAGCAGACACAACCACAGCCAGACCACAGAGGAUGAGCUCAGCACCAGAGUUAAAGCCAACUCCGGAUCCACACAGGUGAACCAUGUGGCUCAAGCAAGCUUUCAAGUUGACGCUUUUGGUCGAACAUUCGUCUUGGAUGUGGAAUUGAAUCAUGAUCUGCUGUCGUCGGGGUACGUGGAGAGGCAUUUGUCAGAGAAAGGCAAGACUGUCGUCACCAAUGGCGGAGAGCACUGCUACUAUCAGGGCAAGGUCAGAGACAUCCCUCGCUCCUUUGUGGCUCUCUCAACCUGUCACGGAUUGCAUGGAAUGUUUUUCGACGGCAAUCACACCUACAUGAUUGAACCUGGAGGAGAGGUCAGCAGCAAUGGAGAUGUGAACAUUCACAUGAUUUACAAAUCUGGAGGGCAAGAGGGACUUCAUGAUCUCCUCAAUGGUGAUCUUCCAGAGCCGCCUUUUCCCAGCCCUCCAUUUCCUGGGUCGAAAGUUGUUCACAGAAGAAAAAAGAGACAGGCUCCACAUGUGUCACGAAGUGUAGAAGAUGAGACCAAAUACAUUGAGUUGAUGGUGAUCAAUGACCAUUUGAUGUACAAGAAGCAUCGGCUUUCCGUUGGGCACACGAAUAACUAUGCUAAGUCAGUGGUCAAUAUGGCUGACAUGAUUUUCAAGGAGCAGCUUAAUACUCGCAUUGUGCUGGUCGCCAUGGAAACCUGGUCAGCCGACAACAAGUUCAACAUCGACGACGACCCCAUGGUGACCCUAAAGGAGUUCAUGAAAUAUCGGAAAGACUUCAUCAAGGAGAAAUGCGAUUCUGUUCACCUCUUCUCAGGGAAUCGUUUUCAUAGCAGCUGGGGAGGAGCUUCCUAUAUGGGAGGAGUUUGCUCCCUCACUAAAGGAGGGGGAGUCAAUGAGUACGGGAAAACAGAUGAGAUGGCCAUAACUCUGGCUCAGUCUCUUGGACAGAACAUCGGCAUCUUCUCUGACAAGAAGAGGAUCCUCAAUGGCGAGUGUAAAUGUGACGAUCGUUGGUCCGGCUGUAUCAUGGAUGAUGUUGGCUUCUACCUGCCCAAGAGGUUCUCCGACUGCAACGUGGAGGAGUACCAUAACUUCCUGAACAGUGGUGGAGGAGCCUGUCUGUUCAAUAAGCCUUUGAAACUGUUGGACCCCCCAGUAUGUGGUAACGGCUUUGUGGAGCCAGGAGAGGAGUGUGACUGUGGCAGCCCAGCGGAGUGCACCAGAGAGGGAGACAACUGCUGUAAAAAAUGCACCCUGACCCAAGGAUCCAAGUGCAGCAACGGCCUCUGCUGCAAUAACUGCCAGAUGGAGUUCAUGGGAGUCGUGUGCCGAGACGCAGUGAAUGACUGUGACAUCCCAGAAAACUGCACAGGAAACUCCAGCCAGUGUCCACCAAACGUGCAUAAGAUGGAUGGCUACACGUGUGAAAAGGACCAGGGUCGCUGCUUUAAUGGAAGGUGCAAAACCAAAGACAGACAGUGCAAGUACAUAUGGGGAGAGAAGGCAACAGCAGCUGACAAAUUCUGUUACGAGAAGCUCAACAUUGAGGGCACAGAGAAGGGCAACUGUGGGAGGGACAAGGACACGUGGAUCCAGUGUAACAAACAGGAUGUUCAUUGUGGGUACCUGCUGUGCUCCAACAUCUCACCUGCCCCACGACUGGGAGAACUGCAGGGAGGGCUGACCUCUUUCUCUGUAGCCCGGCACAGUGCUUCUCUAGACUGCAGCGGUGCACAUGUGCUGAUCGAUGGAGACACUGACCUGGGUUACGUUGAGGACGGGACGGCCUGCGGGACAGACCGAAUCUGUUUCAAUCACAAAUGUCUCCCCGUCCAUCAGUUCAACUUCAGCACCUGCCCCGGGACCACAGACAAGACCAUCUGCUCCGGACACGGGGUGUGCAGUAAUGAGCUGAAGUGUGUGUGUUACCUGGGCUGGGCAGGAGAAGAUUGUAACUCCACAUCUCCUCUCAGUUAUCUGGUGGUGGGACCCACUGCCGCAGUCUCAGGUAUCACCAGUACCAACAUCAUCGUCGGGGCCAUCGUAGGCUCCAUCCUCUUCCUCGCCCUCAUACUGGCUGUUACAGCCUGGUGCUACAAGAGCUACAAGCAGAGAUGCUACGUCGAGUCAGAGGUUCAUCGAAGAUUCUGCCGGCAAAUGCCUCCAGGUGACUAUGUAACAAAGCCUGGGGAUGCAGACUCAUUUUACAGUGACAUGCCGCCUGGCGUCAGCACAAACUCUGGCUGCAGCUCCAAGAAGAGGUCAGCCUGCCUGUCGCACCUGCAGAUUUGCACCCUGUCCUUCACUCCCUCCAUCCCAUCCAUUUCUCAGAACAUCUCACUGUUUGGCUUCAGAUCUAAUGGCCUGUCCCACUCAUGGAGUGAGAGAAUCCCAGAUGCCAAACACAUCUCUGACAUCUGUGAAAAUGGGCGACCGAGGAGCAACUCAUGGCAAGGAAAUCUGAGUGGUAAUCGUAAGAAACUGAAAGGAAAGAAGUUCCGUGCUCGCUCUAACUCCACAGAGACGCUAUCCCCUGCCAAGUCUCCCACUUCCUCUACAGGAUCUAUUGCAUCCAGCAGGAGAUACCCUUACCCUAUGCCCCCUCUCCCUGAUGACCAGAGGAAAGCCAACAGGCAGAGCGCCAGGCUGUGGGAGACUUCAAUAUAAACAGCCGUCUUACCCACUCUGCAAAAAGACCUUAAGGAACUACACUUGACUCUCCUUUUCUAUGAAUGAAAAACACAAAAACGAAACAAAAUUGACUCUAAACAACAAAGGAGAAAGAGAGAGAGCCCCCCCACUGGAGUGGAAAUAGGCAGGGGUGUGUGUGAGUUAGUGUGUACAAGCGUCUCCGUAGCUGUCUUGCCAGACGGCGUCAUUCACUGGAGUGCCGGCGGAGAAACCAGCUCCACAUCCACUCCAGACCAGCUGGAGCUCAGACUGAGCUGUUCCUGUCUGCUCUGGCCUCACUCCCUACGGGACUGGAAACCCCACCGCUCCGACCCCCCUUUAACCCUAAAACCUAAACCUUGACACACCCUCCUUAGCUUCGGCUCUCGCCACUUUCACUUCAACGCCGCCGUCCUCCCUCUCCCCCCCCCAAAGUUGUUUGGAGCUCCUCUCGGAAAAAAGGGGCAGUGGAGCCGAGAGCAUCGCAUCACACUGCAUCGCUGGAUUUGUUGGAUCAUUUUGACGCACGUGAAUCACUGUAGUAACUCCUACACUGUAUGCAUGAGACAACCUUGUUUAACAGCAACCUCCUCCUACUGGUCAAAAGACGAGAAGAACGGCGGUCUGAUCUAGAUGGAAAAGCAUGCGAGGGGGCAGUGAUUUUUUUUAUACCUUCUGUAGGCUUAGACGCUUCCUCUCCACUAUAGAUAACCCAUAUUAUAUCACCAGUUAUAACCCACAACCCCAUGACACGGACCCAACCCCCAUCCCGCCCUGCACCUCCUCCCCUUGGUUGUUUGUGCGUGUGUAAAUAUGUACAGUACACACAGAGUACAUUGUUGCUUUAAUUUUUACUUUAAAAGAGAUAUUCCUCCUCUCUUCUUCCUGCUGUAUUGUGUUGUAGAAAGAUCUCUGUAGGUUUCCACGCUCGUUCUUCUGUCUGUGUUUCUAUUUUUUUGUCCUGUUCUUUUUUUCUCCCUCUGGGGUUUUCCUGUGUGACUGUGACCUCUAUAGCUUUCUCCAUCCACAGCAGAAUGUACAAAUGUUUUUUUUAUAUAUUAUCUUAGCACUGGUUUGAUCCAUCUCUGGAGGAAAUACGCAGACAUCCAGUGAUGACUGAGGAAGUAUUGAUAAAAACACUGAAUGCGGCACUUCAAGAAUGUUACCCAUGAGUAUUAAUUUAGCAAAAUUUAAAUAGUUUUAUGUGCCAUCGCUGAGUGAAACGGAAGCACUGAGAUGUGUUUGGUGUAGUUAUAGAUGUGCCACUUUUCACUCAAAUUUCCCCGUUUAUAAUGUUAAGAUGUAUUUAGUUUCCUCUAAAGUUUGAGAGCAACAUGCUCCCAUUUCCACAGUGAGAGUACAUAAAGUCACUCAUCGCUCGAAAGUGAGAACAAGAGGUCAACGAUGUGAACGUGGUUGAUGAACUAACUCGGUGAGAAUCUGGAAAAUUGUGAUUGAAACGUGCAUUUUGGAUUUAGCUGUGACGAUUGCGAUAUUUUAGCCUUGUGAAUGAUUAACUAUGCUGUACAGUGCUUGCUGUUUGAGCUUGUGAAGACAAACAGCAUGACAGUUUCUAUUAAAUUAUUUCUCUCUGGUAGGCUAUUUGUGAGAUCAUAAUGGGAAACGAGCAUGUCACUGAAAGACUUUUUCCCCUCAUCGCCUCUCGCUGUUAUCUUAAUGGGUUUGUGUGACACAGACAACACUGUUUAUCAGCAAAGUCGAGCCAAUUCAUGGCAGGAAGUCACAGGAUUUAAAAACAAAUGAGGGUGGGAGUUUUUGUGCUUUGACUGAUGUCAUGCCAGUGUAGCUAUUUAAGGUUUUGAAAACAAAUCCCAUACAGUAUUACUCCCCAAAAGCAAGUUCUUUGUACAGUUACAAUUCAUUGCUCUACCUUGUAGAAACUGUUGUCUUAAGGCCUUCCUGUUUGCCAUUUUACUGUUGUUUAGUUUUUGUUCCGGUGUGUUCAUUUGUAAUUUCAUGUAUGCAUUAGGACUGUAUAGAUAAUAUGAUCUUCACAAUAUCGGAUUAAUAUUGCUACUAGUAUCUUUUUUAUUAAGUACCUUUGUAAUGUUCACCUUUUUCUCAGCAUUAUGUACAGCCACUAUUCAAACAGUAAUUAAGUGCAUUAUUGUAAUUAUGUGUGUUGAUGAGUUUGAAUGGAGACAUGUUGAGUUUUUUGAAACACGUUUGUUCCCGAGGGGCCUGCAGAAGCCGUCAUUCCUCUGGCAUGUGCCAAUAGUUUUGUUGUAAAUGAGAUCUGAACGGGCUCAUGAUUUGCCUUCUACCAGAGCUCUGUUCUUUGUUCUGAUCUUCUUAAAAGUAUUGCUCAGUCAUCUUUCUGGGUUACCAGAGGCUGCGGAGAGCGUCAUCUCAGAACUCUUGAGUAAUAUUUUUAACAUCAUAAUACUGCGCUACAGCAAGACUGACAUUUUUGUCUUGGUGUCGUGGACGUUGCACUACACAAAAUUCUGAGGAUGUUGCAGUUCUCCGCUAAGGAUGGGGACCACGCAGUGUUUUUUCUGUGAUUGUACAGCUGUCAAUCUUUGUGUUCAACAUAUCUGCUGUAUCUGCCUGCGCACAUGGCUACGACUGACUGAUCCCAACAGGACAACUCUGGCAAACGUCCACACAAGAGAGAUGUCCGUCUCUGUCUGGCCAGAGACUUGAAUGUAUUUGUGUACUGGAGCACACCAUCCACCCAGUCUCAACCAUAUGGUCCCAUCCUGCCAGCUCUCUCUCCUGACAGAGACACGGCACUCUGCUCCAGGAACCUUAUACCCCCCCCCCCUCCCCUCCCUCGUAUACUAGUUCAAUCUAAAUACUGCAGUUGCUGUCUUUUUUUAUUUUUAUUUUUUAAUUUUUGCCUGUAUGCUGUACAGACUGAUGAUGCAAAAACCAACCCCCCCCCCUUUU